CGCAGUCUGUGAAUGGAGGCGGCCGUGCGGGGCGCAGUCUGCGGGAGGAGCGGGACUUGCAGCUGGUCUGCAAGGGCUGAUCGUGGCCAAUAUACUACGGUGUCCCCCAGCCAGCGCCCCUCUAUGUGGUGAGCACCCCGUCAUCUAAUGCUGUGCUCCAUAGGCCCCUACGUAGGACUGCAGGGCAAUCACUGACCGGGCCGCCUCUCGGAGAACGAUGGAGGAUGAAGGUUCUCAAGAAGAAGAGCUGAGGCAGAGAAGAAAGGCUCCUUCAUCAGAACCUCAGGACGGCGAGCAGAACAAAAAUACCAAAGACGAUAGAAAAUCUGCAAAAUCUGCAAAAUGUGUCGCACUGCAGCGGUUUGCAAAGCUCUUUGUUGGCUGCCUGGUAACGGUUACGAGCGGCAUGAUGUAUGCGGUCUACCUGUCCACCUAUCACGAGCGCAAGUUCUGGUUUUCCAGCCGCAGGGAUCUUGAGCGGGAAAUCACUUUCCAGGGGGAUGGAGCUGUUUACUAUUCUUUUUAUAAGGACAUGCUGAGGGCACCGUCAUUUGAAAGAGGUGUAUUUGAGCUGGCGUACAACAAUAGGACUGUACCUAUGAAAACUAUUAAUGCCGUGCAGCAGAUGACUCUGUACCCGGAGCUCUUAGCCAGUGCCCUGUACCAGAUGUCUGGAAGUCAGGGUGCUGUGGAUCCUGUUUAUUUCUACAUCGGGAUCAUAUUCGGUCUGCAAGGAAUUUAUAUAAGUGCCUUGUUUGUCACCAGCUGGAUAAUGAGUGGCACCUGGCUGGCUGGGACGCUGACUGCUGCCUGGUUUAUUAUUAACAGGACGGACACCACGCGGAUGGAAGACUCCAUUCCACUAAGGGAGAACUGGGCUCUCCCCUACUUUGCAUGUCAAGUCGCUGCACUGACUGGGUUUUUAAGGAACAGCAGUAAUUUGUCUGCAGAGAGGAUCUGCUACCUGCUUAUGUGUGCGUCCACGUAUACUUUCAUAAUGAUGUGGGAGUACAGCCAUUACCUGCUUUUUAUACAGGCCUUAUCCUUGUGUCUCCUUGAUGGACUCUCCCUGGUCAAGAAAGAGAAGGUUCAUAAAGUACAUAAAAUGUACUUAUUCUCUGUAUUUUUGGGAUAUUUACUCCAGUUUGAAAAUUCAUCGCUGCUAACGUCUCCUCUGCUAAGCCUUGUGAUAGGUUCUAUGAUUGCCAAAAGCCUCCAGAUUAGUGUGAAGAAGGGCACCUUCAGAGCAAAAGUGAUGAAGAUGAUGUACUUUUAUUUAGCAUUUACGAUUGCAGUAUCCUUGCAUUUUUUAAUAAGGACCGUCAUUCCUCAUAAAGAAAACCAUCAAAUCCUAAAGUCUCUCGAAGUAAAAUUUGGACUGAGUAUGACAAAGAAUUUCACGGUGAACUGGCUGCUGUGUCAGGAAUCAUUCCAGCCGCCGUCUCAGGACUACCUCUUACGGCUUACACAGUCCUCACUUUUACCCUUUUACCUCCUGGUCUUAAUUAUAUGCCUGUUCUCCAUAUCCCAGGGGAUAUUUAAAAGGUUUCGUGGUGAGCCAGCCAGCUGUAAUAAUACUCCUGAAGAUGGGCGAGUUGGAGAAAGGCCUGAGGUCAUCUAUCAUGUCAUCCAAAGUCUUCUCCUUGGUUUACUGGCCAUGAACUUUGAGGGGAUGAAGUACCUGUGGACGCCUUAUGUCUGUGUUCUCGCUGCCUUCGGUGUUUGUUCUCCAGAACUUUGGUUGACGCUUUUCAAGUGGAUUCGUCUGAAAACUGUGCACCCGGUUGUGCUGGCUUUUGUGUUAAGUGCUGUAGUCCCCUCUGUAAUUGGCUUCAGUUUAUGGAGAGAGUUCUUACCCAAGAUUGUUAGUGAAUUUUCAGAGCUGGAGGAGCACUACGAGUCUGACACAGUGGAGCUCAUGAACUGGAUAAAAAGCCAGGCUCCCCUUACCGCAGUGUUUGCUGGAAGCCCUCAGCUGAUGGGUGCUAUAAAACUGUGCACCGGAUGGAUGGUGACGAGCUUACCCGUUUACAACGAUGAAGACCUGAUGCAGAGAAAUGAGAAGAUGUAUCAGAUCUACAGUAUGAGGUCGGCAGAGGACAUCUAUAAGAUUCUUACCUCUUAUAAAGCCAGCUAUGUGGUGAUAGAAGAUUCGAUCUGCAAUGAGGUGGCCACAAUGCGUGGCUGCAGAGUGAAAGAUUUGCUUGAUAUUGCAAAUGACCAUGUGGUGAAUGAAGAUGGCGACGUCUUUGCCUAUUCCAAAUACGGACGAUUCUGCCACGAGAUCAAAAUGAACUAUUCUCCGUACGUGAACUAUUUCACCCGGGUGUUUUGGAACAGGUCAUAUUUUGUGUACAAGAUCAACACAAUCAUAUCCUUCCAAUACUGAAGAGCACAGCUCUGGAGGACGUCCUGUGCGGUUUUCUGCACAGCGCCAAUCUUCCUCUUCCUGCACAACGCCGAGACGGUUUUGAUACGCGGCGUAACUCUUAUGCAAUCGUUGGGUUGAUGAGCAGCCCUGCCGGUAACAGGGGGGCCACAGAGGAGCACAGGGUUUGGAGCAGGGUCAUCCCGAAAGGUCAUAAAACCCGAAGAGUCCAAAGACGGCCCUGAUCCAAGUCAUUUUACUUCACUUCAGCUUUAAAUUAUUUUUUUUACAUUUUCUUUUUAGUUUCCUUUUUAUCUUUUUUGUUCUUUUAAUGGUGAUCUGUGUGUUUUCCCUGGCGGCCGUACGGAAGCGUAAACGACAGUGUUGUCUGCUCUUAGAAAACCCGAUUACUUGUGGACAUUGGUGAUCUCUUUCCUGGAAUCCAGGAAGAUCGUCCAUCGUCGCCUUGACGUGUCUGCUCUAGGAAAUACUUGGGGCCAAUGUGAUUUAAAAAAAAUUAUAAUAUUGGCAUUUUUGCACCAAUUUUAUUUUUUAAAGGUGCGCCACUGUUAAUAAAUUAGGAGCAUUUUGAUCUGUCUAAAAAUCUGAAAAUGAAAUCUACACCUGUGAAGAGCAGUCAUAGAUUUGCUCCAAAAUAGGCGCCAUUUUCUCGCUGUCUUCUUAAUAAGGGUUUCUAAAAUGCUGAGGCCACGCUCCCUCCCUAAAUCACGCCUGUAUUUUUCAACUUCAACAUUUUUUUUUUAACUGGUAAGUGGCGGGAAAUUUUCAAAUUUUUGCAUAACUAUAGCAGAUUCCAUGGCGCAUAUAUCCUAAUCCUAUAGAUAGUGCCUAGACCUGCAGCAGAUGUAUCACAGGGGCUCAGGCUGGAGGAUAAUGUGCUGCAGGGAGAGACAUUUUCUCUCUGACUAUACUUUACUUUUAGACAGAUUUUUACGACAAUCUCCACCCCUUUUCUUUAAGCCACACCCACUUUCCAAUAAACCACACCUCUUUUCAAAUACGUAAAAAACCUGUAGAAACCCUAGAUGCGCCAAUAUGCGCUACUUUUUUGGCGCACGUAGAUUAAUAAAUCUGGACCCGUGAUUUGUGGGCAUAAACUGUUGGCCCAUGUAAUCUCAAUUCUGGAGAAUUUUUUUUCGAAUUUUUUUUUUGCAUUGCUCUGUUCCCGUUAUUGCUCCCGGAAAUAUAUACAUUUGUUUACAAAAGGGUAUUACCUCUACUUUUGUCAGUAGGCAGUGUCUCUUCACACUCUGACCAAUGUAAUCAGCGCUGUGACAGUAUCAUAAUGUGUAGGGCCACAUCCUAUUUCCAAGGGGAUAGGUGACAGUCAUUCAUUUUUAUAUAUGUAUUUCCAGGAGGAAUAACAGAGGAAUUGCACAAUGUGCAUUUGUUUUAAAAGCUGCUCCAGCGUUAAUAUUUCAUGGAGAAUACAAGUAUUUACAGAAACAGACCUGUCAGGAGAGGCGAAAGGUCCUUUAUAGUGUGCAGAUUUAUCUUUGAUGAACCCACACAAAUAUAUCCGGAAAGUGUCCAGGUUUUGAUGGUACACAUGUAAGACUGGUAUUGGGGUACUACUAUUUAUGCAAUCUAAUUAUGUAGGGUAGUGCCAGACAUACCGGAGUCUGACAUGCUCAGUAUUCUUUACCAAAAUGAGUCAGACCGCCACCAUACACAUUACAUCGUCGACUUACCUCUAAUAUGUAUGGCCCACUGAAAGUGAAUGUCCAUAUUUAAACACAAAUUUUCUUUAUUCAGAAAAAAUAGGUAGAAAAAUCUGUGCUGAUUAAUUUCUUAAUAUAUCUCUAUAGCAUUGUAGGUCAGUUUUUAAUACGGAGCUUCGAAUCCCCUGUGUAGAUAAAUACAGGAGUUGAAUGAUGUCUUUCCUGCAGCCGCCACUAGAGGGAGCAUACUGCCUUCUCGAUUAUAAAACAGUGUGCAGUAAGCUUUACUCCCCCUAGUGGUAUCAGUAGUUCAGCACUGAAUGUCAGACUUAAAACCAAUAUAAUGUGAAAAUGUGAACAUUCACUUUAAUGGCUCAUUCAGACGGCCGUAGUGCUUUGCGGAUCCACAAAACACGGAUACCGGCCGCGUGCGUUCCGCAAUUUGCGGACUGCACAUGGCCCAACCAUAAUAGAAUUGCAAUCAAGAAUAGUAGAAGCUCUAUCGUUUCCGCGGAGCCGUGGAGCGGAACCACCAUGUGCUGUCCGCAUCUUUUGCGACCCCAUUGAAAUGAGUGGGUCCGCACCCAUUCCGGAAAAUUGCGGAACGGAUGCAGUCUCAUUCAUACGGCCGUCUGAUCGAGCCCUAAAGAGGACCUGUCACUGCUUCUGACGUGUCUGUUUUAGUAACUACUUGUAUUCCCCAUAAAGAAUUCUUGGAUAUAUUUUCUUAGUAGCCUCUUUUCCCUCUUAUUCCUCCUAGGAAUUUAUGAAAACAUUGACGAGUAAGUGUUAACAUUUGGUGGUGUGUCCCUAAACAGCCUGGCAUUGUCCAAUCGCUGCUGACAGAAUAGGGACACACCUCUUAGACGAGGGGAAUAAUAUCAACCAGUUGUCAAUGUAUGCAUUUUUAGAAGGAAUAACAGAGGAACAACAAAUGAUGAUCCAGACUGUUGGGAUUUCAUGCUACCUAUUGUUCAGGCAGCAUGAAAAUGAUGACAGGUUCUCUGUAAAACGUAAUGUUCUGACUGCUUGCAGCCACCACUAGAGGGAGCUUAUAAGCUUACUGCAUACUGGACUCAAUAAUAAAAUAAGCUCCCCUGCUCCCUCUAGUGGUGACUGCAGGAAGCCUAAGCAUUGUGCCUAUGCUGCAUCAGUGCAGUGGAUUGCAGCUCUGUGAUGGAAAAUCGAUCGGACCCGUAUAUUCUGUGAAUUGUUCUGCUCACACAAAUGCAGUUGUUCCCUAUGUAUUGGAGGACAUCCUCUUGUAAACUAGGAGAAGCAGGUCUUUCUGGUUGUUGGCCAUUUGUGAAUCUUCAGAAAUUGCGGUAUUGCUUACUUGUUUUGCCUUAGUAGCCCCUCUCCUUCCAGCUGCAGUCUACCUGUGCUCACCACUGCUUUCUGACGGACGCCACCAUCAUUACUGUAGUCGCUGAAGCAGAAGUGCCAACAAUGGGAGGCAACCUUUUUCGAACGGAGAUGCCCUUUAAAGGGGAAUUCCUCACAUAUUAUGUAAGAGGCCUUUCAGCAGACAGAAAUAAAUGCAAGGAGAUAAAAAUAGCAGCUUCUCUCUCAGCGCUUUAGAUUACUGCAGGGAUCUGGGAACAGGCGUAUUUAGAGAUCUCCAUGUAGAUUAAGCUGACUUUUACCUACCACCCUUUGGCGGGUUCUGUCACUUUAACACCUCUUACCAUAGAAUGCAGCACGUUCCCUAGAGAGACAAACAGAUAUUGAUCUUUAAUGGAAUGUGUCCCUUUUAUUUUUAUUAUAAAACCAGUUUUUUAUACCU